GUUCGGGUUGCAGAAUAUCUGGUCUUUAAUACAAGAAGAAAGCUGUCAUGUCUCAUACACGCAAGCCCCCCCUCGUGACAGGUAUUUCUCCCAAUGAAGGUAUUGCAUGGACAAAGGUCACAAUCCGAGGAGAGAAUUUGGGAACAGGCACGGCAGAUCUUAUAGGCUUGACAAUCUGUGGACAUAAUUGCAUCCUGACUGCCGAAUGGAUGUCUGCCAGCAAAAUUGUGUGCCGAGUCGGUCAAGCCAAAAAUGAUAAAGGAGACAUCAUUGUCACUACCCGGUCAGGAGGCAGAGGGACGUCAACUGUUUCCUUCAAACUUCUGAAACCUGAAAAAAUAGGUAUCUUGGAUCAGUCUGCUGUCUGGGUUGAAGAAAUGAACUAUUACGACAUGCGCACUGACAGGAACAAAGGGAUGCCCCCUUUGUCUCUACGGCCGGCUAAUCCUCUCGGCAUUGAGAUAGACAAAGGAAGGUUUCCUCCAAAGGAACUAGAAGCUCUGUUUCCUGGCAUGAGUGCUGAUUUUACCAGUGAAAAUUUUUCUGCCGCCUGGUAUUUAAUAGAGAACCAUUCCACAACCAGUUUUGAUCAGCUCAAAAUGGCAGUAAUGCAUCUGAAGAAACAAGCCAACAAGAAAAAUGAGGGAAGUCUGGCUUAUGUCAAAGGUGGUCUCAGUACCUUUUUUGAAGCCCAAGAUGCCCUGUCAGCAAUCCAUCAAAAGCUGGAAGCAGACGGAACAGAGAAAGUGGAAGGAUCCAUGACACAAAAGCUGGAGAAUGUUCUGAACCGAGCCAGUAAUACAGCAGACACACUAUUCCAGGAAGUGCUGGGUCGCAAAGACAAAGCCGAUUCCACGAGAAAUGCCCUCAAUGUUCUCCAGCGCUUCAAAUUUCUUUUCAAUCUUCCGUUGAAUAUUGAGAGAAAUAUUCAAAAGGGUGAUUAUGAUGUCGUCAUUAAUGACUAUGAAAAAGCGAAGUCGUUGUUUGGGAAGACUGAGGUUCAGGUGUUUAAAAAAUAUUAUGCAGAAGUUGAAACUCGAGUUGAAGCACUAAGAAAUCUACUUCUGGAUAAACUGCUUGAAACGCCAUCAACAUUACACGAUCAAAAACGCUAUAUAAGAUACCUUUCUGAUCUCCAUGCAGAAGGGGACCCAGCCUGGCAGUGUAUUGGCGCCCAGCAUAAAUGGAUUCUGCAGCUUAUGCACAACUGCAAAGAGAGCUAUGUGAAAGAACAGAAAGGCCAUACAUUAGCACACAGCCCAAUGUUGGAUCUAGAUGCCGAAGUCCGUCCGUCUUCACUCGGUCAUCUCAGUCGGAGCGCUUCUCUGAAAAGAGGCAGCAGUAAUCAGUCUAGCCGGGAUGAAACUUGGCGAUUUAAGGCACCCCAACAAGUGGCCUUUGUUGAAAAACUAACCAAGCUUGUCGUAAGCCAGCUCCCCAAUUUCUGGAAACUCUGGAUCUCUUACGUGAACGGGAGCCUCUUCAGCGAGACUGCUGAAAAAUCCGGCCAAAUGGAACGAUCAAAGAAGAACGCUAGGCAAAGACAAAAUGAUUUCAAGACUAUGAUUCAGCAAGUGAUGAAGUCUCUGGUCAAAUUGAUCCGUGGUGCUUUACUCCCAUUCAGCCUUGGAGAAAACGAACUAAGAGAUUAUGGUGGCUGGGAGAUGAAAUCUGAACUGUCUGGUCAAUGGUUACCUCAUGUCAUACAGACAGUAAGGCUUAGCUAUGAGUCUCUUACCGCACUUGAAAUACCGAAUGACAUGCUUCAGAUCAUCCAAGAUCUUAUUUUUGAUCUCAGAGUUCACUGCAUAAUGAUUACUUUACAGCACACAGCUGAAGAUGUGAAGAGAUUGGCUGAGAAGGAGGACUGGGUUGUAGAUAAUGAAGGCUUGACCUGUUUGCCAUCCCAGUUUGAACAGUGUGUUGUGCAUUCUUUGCAGUCGCUCAAGGGUGUCCUUGAUUGCAAGCCUGGGGAGACCAGCGUUUUCCAGCAGCAGAAAAUACAGGAAGAUGUGUGCCAACUGAGCAUAAACAUCAUGCAGGUGUUCAUUGAUUGUCUGGAACAACUGAGUACCAAGCCUGACAGUGAUGUGGAUACUACACAUCUUUCAGCUGAUGUUUCAUCACCGGAUUUAUUCGGCAGUAUCCAUGAAGACUCCAGCUUGUCAUUAGAACGGAGGCUUUUAAUCGUGCUUAGUAACUGCUGCUAUCUAGAACGUCACACCUUCUUAAACUUAGCUGAGCACUUUGAAAAACAUGGUUUCCAAGGAGUGGAAAAAAUCACUCAGGUCAGCAUGGACUCCUUAAAGGAGCUUGACCAACGACUGUUUGAAAUGUACAUUGAACUGAAAGCUGACCCUAUUGUUGGCUCGUUGGAACCCGGCAUUUAUGCCGGUUAUUUUGACUGGAAAGACUGCCUCGCUCCCACAGGUGUCAGAAACUAUUUGAAGGAAGCCCUCGUACAUAUCAUCGCUGUGCAUGCUGAGGUAUUCACAAUCUCAAAAGAACUGGUUCCCAGAGUGCUGUCCCGGAUCGUCGAAGCAGUCGCUGAAGAGCUCAGCCGGCUGAUGCAGUGCGUCUCAUCCUUCAGCAGAAACGGAGCUCUGCAGGCUCGCCUUGAAAUUUGUGCCUUGAGAGAUGCCGUUGCCGUAUUCCUCACUCCUGAAAGCCACUCAAGCUUUAAGCAAGCAUUGGAAGCUUUGCCUCAGCUGUCAAGCGGUGGAGAUAAAAAGUUGCUGGAGGAGCUGCUAAACACCUUCAAGAGCAGCAUGCAGUUGCAGCUUACAUGUUUCCAGGUGGCUUCUGCAACGAUGGUGAAGACAUGAAGCUCUUCUAAAACGGCUCCGUCAGGAAACGGCCACAGUAAAUCCCAUCGCUCCAGAUAUGAGCAUUUGUUCGACGCAAGCCACUGUGUUUUAUCAUUGUUCACCUGACUGCCCGGCAACAAUAGUACGAAUGGUCUCUCUGAAUGAGCAUAACUUCAGAGUAAAACUUCUGGUUUACUUCUAAGCCUCUUGCUCGUCAUCGCUAAACGUUGGUUUCAGGCUUUAUGUACAAAAUUUCCAGGACUGUGUCACUAAAGUCGCCCAAUAGCAAUUGUAUGUAACUGCUUGGUAUAUGCCGUCGGUAGUGUUCACCCAAGUGAUUAGGAGGAUUUUGGUGCGCUUCUACUUCUUCCUUAUAUAUGAUCAGAUAUAGAAGCAGGGGUGGAAUUCUACCAGGAGUUUUCUUUGCAUAUUAGGCCACACCCCCUGAUGUAGCCAAUCCUCCAAGAGCUUACAAAAAAGAGCCUUGUAAGCUCUUGGAGGAUUGGCUACAUCAGCGGGGUGUGGCCUAAUAUGCAAAGGAGCUCGUGCUAGAAUUCCACCGAUGUAUAGAAGCAUAGUAAAAUACACUGUCUUCACCCUGUAGAUGACUGGCUUGUCAAGAGAUGACAUGAUUCGUGAAUAACUGCAGUCAUGGUAUAGUCACCUGUGGAUGUGUCUAGCAGACCUGGAUACUGUGGCUGCCAGGGCUGCUUUUUUUUUUUAAGCAGGAACUCCUUUGCAUAUUAGGUUACACCCCACUGAUGUAGCCAAUCCUCCAAGAGCUUACAGGGCUCUUCUUAGAGGGCCUACUGUAAGCUCUUGGAGGAUUGGCUACAUCAGGGGGUGUAGCCUAAUAAGCAAAGGAGUUCCUGCUACAAAAAAACCCCUUGGUGGUUGCUAUUUGAAGCCCUCAAUCAAAUGGCUUGUUACAUCACAGCAAUUCUCUGUUGUUUCUCGACAGAGUCAGUUCUAUCCAGAUGCUAUUAUCUAAUAAAAAUAACUGGGUUUUGAUAUGUCACAAUUAAAUAGAAAGGAUAACAUAUGCAUACAUACACUGUUUUCCAAGGAACGAGAUACAGACGAUACUUCAGAAACAGAUAGGGAAUUUCCUCAUCUUCUGCUGAAACAGACUUCACUCUUCUGACAUUAAGUUUUCAUGCUCGUUUACAAGUCCUUAUUGCUUGCACAGGGAACUACCUUCACCGUUACCUUUUCAUUGCUGAAAUGGGGUGUCCAUUUGCCAAUCAAAUAGAAAUUUCUUGGAUCGUUCGUUGGCACCGUCUACAAAACUUAAAAUACUUAUAAAUUGAAACACUGUGGGUUUUAUUAAAGUCAACAUAUAUCCUAA